AUGGCAGGCACGGCCCUCACCGCUCGUCUUCACGGUCCUGUGGCCUCGGUGCUGUCCGGAAAGCGCUCGCCCGCUCCGGUGACAGACGGAGGCUGGAGGGCCGCAGGCCGGGCGUCCCCAGCUCCUCCACGUACCCCAGGUCCCCGUCAGCCACGACUGCGGCCCCGCUGCGGCCCCAGGCCUCCACAGAGACGUCGGCGUCCGGAAGGAGGCGCCGGGACGGAGAGGCCCGGCCCCGCCCCGCCCCGCCCCGCCCCGCCCCGCCCCGCGGGGCCGACGACCCCGAUCCGGAGGACGCAGCUCCGCCCAGGCCCGUCCCAGCCCCGCCCCCCGCGCUGCCGGAAGCAGGAAGCCGACAAAGCCCGAGAGGCGGGGCGUAGUGACGCACGUCCGCCAGCGCCACCCUGCUUAAAGGGGCCGCGCCCCUCCCCGCCGCCACCACCACAAAAUCAGCGCGCCGCGGAAGGGCGUCGCGGUCCCCCGUCCCCGCCCUCUGACACCUGCCGCCGCUCGGGCUACCCGGGGCCCGGUGCCGCCCCGCGGAGGGCACCCGGCGGAGACCAGGCCGCGCCCUUCGGCCGCCCGCUCCGCCCCGCCGCCGGACGGAGAGUGUGGGCCGGACCGAGCUGCCGCCGCCCCGGGGCCUCCCGUCCUCAGAGCCCUCCUCCCCUCCGUCGGAGCUCGGCGGGCACCGCCGCCCUGCCGCCCGCCGCCCGUCGCCGCGGACCUGCCAUGGCCUGCGCACCGGCGCGCGCCCCUGUGACUGGUUUGCACGCGGCACCCUGA